CCUCGUUAUUACUUCGUAUAAUUUUUACCCGAGCAAAUAUUGUCUCUAUUGCAGAAGUUUUGACUCUUGUCGUCACCAAACUUCCAUAUAUAGAAGAGACGGGUGGUAGAAAUCAUCAUUUAUCUGAUUAUUUUAUCAUUUCGUUUGCUAAUUUCCAUUUUCAAGAAUCAGCCGUUGCGUGAUGAACUCAAUACAAAAAUUUCUGGAACUGCCCAACUAGCUUUCGCAGACCCGAUGCGCAAUCAGACAAAUGUCGGCACCAUUCCCAAGUUUAGGAAUCUUUCGCACAUCCCCAGAGAACCCAUUACGGAUUUGAUAGUAUAAAUAGUCCCGGUUUCAAACCUCGCCUUCCUACUUCUGAUUUGUCCGGCGAUGGAAACGUCGUCGUCCUUGCCGGCGAAUCUCCUUUCUAGGGAUUCCAUUAACGAGAUCAUGGAAGAGAUGGAAACAGAUGUGCUGGUCAGAGUGUCGAGUUUUCCCACUGCUCCUGCUUUGAACCAGCAACGGAGGAGGAGAGUUGGCAACAAGUCGCCGUCGCUAGCGAAGCGGCCUUGUCGUCAGCAGUCGUUCAGCCGCGAGAUCGGCCACGCUGCAGCUGAGACUUAUUUGCUCACGCGGCUCAGUUUCAAGCUGCUCAGCUAUCUCGGGGUAGGCUACCGUUGGAUAACAAGACUAUUAGCUCUUGCUCUUUAUGCUAUGUUACUUAUGCCUGGAUUUCUCCAAGUUGCGUUCCAUUAUUUCUUUUCAAGCCAGGUCCGUCGAAGUGUUGUUUAUGGAGAUCAGCCAAGAAACAGGUUGGAUAUAUAUUUACCUACUAAUAUUGAUGAUUUGAAGCCAGUGGUGAUAUUCAUAACUGGUGGGGCGUGGAUUAUUGGGUACAAGGCAUGGGGUUCCCUCCUAGGACUACAAUUGGCAGAAAGAGACAUCAUAGUGGCAUGUGUUGAUUAUAGGAAUUUUCCACAGGGGACAAUCAGUGAUAUGGUUACUGAUGUUUGUCAAGGAAUUGCAUUCAUUUGCAACAAUAUUAUUGAAUUUGGAGGAGAUCCAAACAAGAUUUAUCUAAUGGGUCAAUCAGCUGGUGCACAUAUUUCAGCCUGUGCUCUCUUGCAGCAGGCAGUUAAAGAAUCCAGAGGUGAUAACAUAUCUUGGAGUGUAUCCCAGAUAAAGGCUUAUUUUGGUUUGUCUGGAGGGUACAAUUUGCUCAAACUAGUUGAUCAUUUCCAUGGUCGAGGCUUGUACCGCUCCAUUUUCUUGAGUAUCAUGGAAGGAGAAAAAGCUUUGGAGGAAUUUUCUCCUGAACUAAUUAUUCAACAUCCAAGCACGAGUGGUGCGGUUUCUCUGCUGCCGCGUAUUAUUCUAUUCCAUGGUACCGCAGAUGAUUCUAUACCAUGUGAUGCAAGUAAAACAUUUGUGAAUGCACUCCGGGAAGUAGGGGCUCAAGCAGAUCUCAUCUUGUAUGAUGGGAAAACUCAUACAGAUUUAUUCCUUCAAGAUCCUCUCCGAGGUGGUAAAGAUGAGCUUUUCGACUAUUUGGUCGCCUUUAUACAUGCUGAUGACAAGGAAGCUCUUGCUAGAGAUGCUAUGGCUCCUCCAAGACGACGAUUUGUGCCAGAAAUACUAGCAAAAUUGGCUGGCCAAGUCAGCCCCUUUUAGUCAGCAGACACGCAGGUGUCGUAUUUGAUGCUAGCCUGCUAGAGACGGAAGCCCCAGCUGAUGAUGUUGCUGCUGCCCCAGUCAUUUUUCAGCCUUUCAGCCUUUGUACUGAUGGGACAACCUUGUGUUUUUCAUAAGCAUGUUAACUUGUUCUCUGUGUGGUAAAGCUUGUGCGGUUGAUUUGAUUCUUUGCUUCAUGUCACUUGCUCUUGUUUUUUAUUUUCUUUUUACCUUUUUCCUUUUCGUUUUCUGUUUUGAGUGUUUGGUAUCUGAAUCACAACUAAGAGGUUGGUGGAAAAUUUAAAUGGAGUCCCUACUGUUGCUUUGA